AUGAUCUUUUCCUUUUUGGUUAUAGUAUUUUAUUUUGUAAAUUCUAUUUCUACAGAAUCUAAGCUCCUUUUUUCAAUAGAAACAGAUUCUUCAUCCACUGAAUAAUUUGAAGUUGUUUCUACCAUUUUUAAUCAAGUUCCAGAUAAAUAUGCAAAGGAGAAUGACAACACUUAUAAUUAGUUCAAUAUUUCACUACAAACUGUAAUAUAAAUUAAAAAUUAGAUUACCAAUGAUAAACGAACUACUUUGAUGAUUAGAAACAUUCCUAAUAAUUACACUGUAGAAAGACUAUAAAAUGAAUUAGAUUUUAAAUUUUCUUCAAAAUAUGAUUAUCUAAAUAUACCUUGCGAUUUAGAAGGAGGUUUUGCAUUUAUUAAUCUGAAAAACAAAAAAUUUCUUCAAGAAUUUUUCUUAGCAUUCAAUAAUCGCCCAUGGAAUUUUAGUAAAUAAUAAGUUAAUCAUUUUUAACUAUUUUAGAGAUGUAUAUUAAAGUAUGCCAAAGUGUAAUAUAAUGAGAAUUUAUUGAAAUACUAAAAAAAAAUAUGUCCAGAUAUAUAUUCGAACUAAAAAAAAGUUAUUGAUUUGAUAAAAAGUCAAAAAAAAGAAUUAAGAUAAUGA